AUGUGCCCAUGCUGCAAAGAAGCUGCUAACGUCCCUUCAGCAGCGAGUGGGUUAUGUGUUUCCAUCCUGCAUAUACCACCAGCAUCACCACCACGUCCUUUUCUAGCUCCCCCCUCCCCUUUCUACACAAAUGUUGCAACACAAUCUGAAAUUUCCUCUUUUCUUUCCUUCCUGCAUUUCUUACAGGUUCCUUUGCGUCAGAAGGCAAAAAAGAAAAGUCAAGGGUUCUUUAUAAUGAGCCGACGGAGGAUAUCGUGCAAAGAGCUGGGGCAAGCCGAUUGCCAAGGAUGGCUCUACAAAAAGAAGGAAAAAGGAGCUUUCAUUGGCAACAAAUGGAAAAAGUUCUGGUGUGUGCUAAAGGAGUCAUCGCUGUAUUGGUACAGCAGUCAGCUGGCUGAAAAAGCAGAAGGAUUUAUAAGACUUCCAGACUUCAGUGUGGAUCGAGCAAUUGAAUGCAAAAAAAAGCAUGCUAUUAAGAUCAGCCACCCACAGAUCAAGACAUUUUAUUUUGCGGCAGAAAAUGUUCUGGAAAUGAACACGUGGCUAAGUAAGCUGGGAAUGGCCGUAGACCCUCAGGCACCAAACAGGAAGAACGAGGAAGAAUGCUACAGUGAAAGUGAGCAUGAUGACCCAGAAAUAACAGACACGCCACCUCCACCCUACACCGUCCAGACCCCACCUCCUCCUUCGGAUCAGCAAAAGUCAUCAUUCACCUCAACUCUGUCAAGUGAAGCAUCUUGCUCUCUCUCCUCUCCUGAAAGCACUUUCAAUUCCCAAGAAUCAUCGUCUUCCUUGACAUCCAAAGUGGUUUAUUCUGAGAGGCAGUCCUGGCUUGACCUGGUGAGCGGCUCUGCCACGGAAGAGGGUGAUCAGCCUUUAACAUUCUGCAUACAGAUCCAUUCUGACGAGGCACCACAAGUGGUCUGUGGAGAUGCAGCAGAAAGCCAAGAAGUCCAGCUUUCCCAACCCAAUGGUGGAUCCCAAACCUCUUACUUAAGUGCAGAUACACAUUGUCUAGCUGUGCCAGAUGCAGCAGGACAGCGAUCACCAGCCAGAGACCAGGAAAAGUGUGAUGAUGAUGAUGAGAUGGAGCGACUUUACAAGUCAUUGGAGCAAGCAAGCCUGUCUCCCAUUGGUGAUCGUCGACUGUCAACUAAGAAGGAGCUUAGGAAGUCAUUUAUCAAGCGCAGCAAAAACCCCUCCAUUAAUGAGAAACUCCACAAAAUUCGAAUGCUGAACAGUACAUUAAAGUGUAAGGAACAUGACCUGGCCACAAUUAACCAGUUGCUAGAGGACCCACAGUUGACAGCAGUGAAGUACAGAGAGUGGAGGAGCACAAACAUCAUGCUGGUCCAAGAUAUUUAUCAGCAGCAGGAGGUCCAGGACACGUCCGCAGAGAAUAGUGAAGAGCAAGAAAUGGCUCCACAGCCAGUCACUGAAAGUGCUAUUUGAUCAAUGGCACAUGGCAAGAUUUUUCUGCACGGGUCUUCACGUACAAGCGAUUUAAGCUGCUGUAUCUUGAGGUUUGUUUUUCGCAAGCAUGCUUAAAAGGAAAACAACCCAGUCUCCAAAGUUUUAAAUGCUCUUGCAGAGCUCAUUUAAUGUCAAAUGGGCAAGCUCCCCAAACUUGCCCAAGUUGCCCAAAAAUCACGCCUGAAUGUGGCCUGCAUACGUAAGAAGACUAUUUAACAAAGCAGCAAAGAAACGUUUUUCAGUUUUUGGAGAAGAAAAUUACAAGUGUCCAGCUUCUGGAGGACACAGAACUAUGUAAUAUGUACUGUAUAAAUAUGAGAUCCUUGGGAUUGUUUUAACUAUACACCUUACCUUGAAUUGAAGCUAAACUGAUCCCAACAGGAUGUAGCCUACUCUACCUUUUUACCCUCUACGGUAACCCAAUGUAUUAGCUUUCAUGUCUGUACCCAUUUAUUUUCACCACUCAACCAGUUUAAAGGAGACAAAUGGAAGAGUAAUUACUCAUGAGUUGAUACUAUUGACAGCUGCCAGGCACCCAGUUUUGGCUCUGCCUGAUGUUUUAUGAGUUUCAAAUUUAUUUAUGGUCCAGACCAAGAAGGUACUGUCUUUCUACAAGAAGAAGAGGUCUCUAAGUUUUUGCUAACAUGUAAUUUACUCUUCAGUGAGACAAGAUUCAACUUUUCUUAUGGACUUGGAAGAAUUCUUUGGAAGAAUUAUGUUCUUCUAUCUUUUUUUGACAACUGAAAGUAUAUAAGGUACAAGUUCAUCCCAGAGUCCAACUUAAGGAAGGUGAUCAUAUUCACAAGCCAGAAGCUAAAUGACUCAACUCCUAAUGUGGACCUGGCAGUGUAAAACAAAGCUGCAAAUAUUUUUGUAAAUAUAUGUAAUUUUAUGACUUAUAUGAAUGUGA